UGUCUGCUCCCAGCAUCCUUGCUGCAGCCGCCCACGACGGACCUCAUCGCCCAGACUCCGCGCUCCUCGCACCAGCUCCUCAACUACAGCCCGCCGUACUCGCGAUAGCAAUCCGCGCUUAGGGGCGCCCCGAGAGCCACGCUGCAGGCAUCAUGUCGCAGAACCGGCCAUCCGCAUUCUCGUCGCUCCGUAUGGGUGAGGUUAUCCGCGAAAAGGUUCAAGACGGACUGACGGGGGACUACAAAGACCUCGCGUACACACAGUGCAAGAUCGUGGGCAAUGGCUCCUUUGGCGUCGUCUUCCAGACCAAGCUGUCGCCCAGUGGCGAGGACGCCGCCAUCAAGCGAGUCCUACAGGACAAACGCUUCAAGAACCGCGAACUGCAAAUCAUGCGCAUCGUCCGGCACCCCAACAUCGUAGAGCUCAAGGCCUUCUUCUACAACAAUGGCGAGAGGCCACAGAAGGACGAAGUCUACCUCAAUCUCGUGCUGGAAUUCGUCCCCGAGACCGUCUACCGCGCCUCCCGAUAUUUCAACAAGCUGAAGACUGUAAUGCCAAUUCUCGAAGUCAAGCUCUACAUCUACCAGCUGUUUCGCUCGCUCGCGUACAUCCACUCACAAGGCAUCUGCCACAGGGAUAUCAAGCCGCAGAACUUGCUGCUGGACCCGGCAACUGGUGUGCUGAAGCUGUGCGAUUUCGGCAGCGCCAAGAUCCUGGUGGAGAAUGAGCCCAAUGUCUCGUACAUCUGCUCGAGAUAUUACAGGGCCCCAGAGCUAAUUUUCGGGGCCACAAACUACACCACAAAGAUCGAUGUUUGGUCUACAGGCUGUGUCAUGGCGGAGCUGAUGCUCGGACAACCUCUGUUCCCCGGUGAGUCUGGCAUUGAUCAGCUUGUCGAAAUCAUCAAGGUCCUCGGGACUCCCACGCGGGAUCAGAUUCGGACCAUGAAUCCCAACUACAUGGAACACAAGUUCCCGCAGAUUAAGCCGCACCCGUUCAGCAAGGUAUUCCGCAAGGCCGACCCCAGUGCCAUCGACUUGAUCUCAAAGCUGCUGGAGUACACACCGACGCAGCGACUCUCGGCCAUCGACGCCAUGGUCCAGCCGUUUUUCGAUGAGUUGAGGGACCCGGCCACAAGACUCCCAGAUUCACGCCACCCCAACGGACCGUCGCGUGAUUUGCCCGAGCUUUUCAAUUACACACUGCACGAGCUAUCGAUCGCCCCUCACUUGAAUCGACAGCUGGUUCCUCCACACGUCCGCGCAGCUCUGGCAGCCCGCGGCCUGGAUUACGAGUCGCCCUCUUUCAAACCCCUUAUGAAGGAUGAAAUGAUGGCCCGGUUGGACUAAACGUCCGACCAAAAAGCAUGCGUCACGAUAUUUGUUUUUGAUUCCAACGGCGUGGCAUUGCGUUUCCCCCGCCCCUGGAGCCUGAAUAUCUCUGCCGGACGGAUGCGAUUUCCCCGGGACUCUUUACGGCGUCUAUUUGUUGGAUGGCAUACAUUGCCGUGAAAGGGCCAUUCCCUGCAGUAUUUUGUCACGGCUCAAAACGACACGAUUCUCACUCGCCACUCCCGUCGAAUUGGCUUUUCAUCACGUCUUGUCCUGGAACCCUUAGUUCUCUCCCCUUUCACCCCCGUGAUGUCAACUGCGAAGAUGCGUAGAUAUAAUCCUUCCCACUACCCUUUCAUUCCUGGACUGGACGACGGACAGAACACUAAAUUGCCAGUGGCAGUCGUGAAGUCGCAAAAUCCGAUUGAUAUUUGGCAACGAACACGGAUAUUC